ACUGAUCCUCAAAAGCCGGUAGAGUCAGUGACAGUUAGUUCAUAUCGCGACGCAUAUCUCAGUCCAUUUCACCAUCAUUUUUCCCGCUUUAUCAGAACAAUAAAUAGAAAAAGACUAUGGAUUCAACUGGAAUUCGUGCUAAUAUGUCUGCUCAACAGUUGAUCGAUCAUGAAGUGCACGAACGUUCACUAAGGAAUUCCAAUAGGCAAGAUGGAAAAGUGUCGACAGACUCUAGUGGAUCAAGUUCAUUAUCCAGCUCAAACUUGAAAAUCAAUACGAAUGAAUCGCCGUGUGUAAGUGUUUCUUCUGCAAACAGCUCCUCAGGAGAAACCAGAAUUGAGCCCCAACUCACAAAACGACAGAUCAUCACAGUCAGCAUCCUCUGUUUUGUCAAUCUAAUCAAUUACAUGGACAGAUAUACAAUAGCUGGAAUUUUGACCCAGAUACAAUGUGAUUUGAAUAUCGGAGAUACCGAAGGGGGACUCCUGCAGACAGCUUUUGUCGCUAUAUACAUGAUAUGCGCCCCUGUGUUCGGCUACCUGGGUGAUCGAUACUCACGAAGGUAUUUUGAAUUCUUCCUUUAUUUCCGGAUUGUAUCGCAACAUUUUAUUUUACCCAGGCUUAUCAUGGCGGCCGGUAUUUUCGUCUGGAGCCUGACAACUCUACUUGGCUCGUACAUGACAAAUUUUUGGGCUUUCUUGGCCAUGAGAAGUCUCGUUGGUGUCGGAGAAGCCUCCUACUCGACCAUAGCACCGACUAUCAUCUCAGACUUGUUUGUUGGCGAUACUCGUUCCAAGUUUCUGGCUCUUUUCUAUUUUGCCAUCCCCGUGGGAAGCGGGCUGGGCUACAUCGUUGGCUCUGAAGCGGCUAGAGUGAUGGGUUCGUGGCAUUGGGGACUUCGUGUCACGCCCAUUUUCGGUGCAAUUGCCGUGCUCCUCAUUUUGCUGGUCGUCCAAGAUCCUCCACGAGGCGAAUCGGAAGGCGCACAUCUCUCUGCCACGAGUUGGUUGGAUGACAUCAAAUCACUGGGCAAGAACAAAAGCUUUGUCAUGUCCACCGCAGCUUGCACAGCGGUGGCUUUCGUCGCUGGAGCUUUGGCGUGGUGGGGUCCCAAGUUUAUCGCAUUGGGCUUGGCCACUCAACAAGGUCACCAGGAUGUUUCGCUGGAUGAUGUCUCGUACAUUUUCGGCUUGAUUGCCAUGAUCGCUGGUCUGUUGGGCGUACCCCUUGGCUCAUUCCUGGGUCAAAAGUUGCGUGUUCGCUACCAACGUGCCGAUCCCAUCGUGUGCGGUAUGGGUAUGCUGUUUUCAACCCCGCUAAUGUUAGCCGCCCUGUUUAUCGCUGGAUGGAACACGACCACCUGCUUUGUGGUUGUCUUCUUUGGCCAAGUCCUGCUCAAUUUGAACUGGGCGAUUGUUGCUGAUAUCCUUCUGUACACGGUGAUCCCUACGCGGCGGUCAACCGCUGAAGCGUUCCAAAUUCUGUUUUCUCACGCAUUAGGUGAUGCCGGCUCUCCGUACCUAAUUGGCCAGAUCUCGGAGAUUCUCAAAAAAUCUUUUGCAACUCCAGCGACGACAUUUGUCAAUGAAUUGCUUCUAAACACGACUGCAUUGGCAGCCAUGAGUACCUCUACGAGUUUACCUGACAUGGACAUAAGCGCAAACUGUUCCAGUUCAGGAACAUCUUCAAUAGAUCUCACCACUGUUGAAGGCGAUUUCAAAGCCCUCCAGUGGGCCAUGUCAAUUACGAUAGUUGUCGAAGUUCUCGGUGCUCUCUUCUUCUUCGCAACAGCAUGGUAUAUCGUCGAGGAUAAAGCUAAAGUAGAUCGAGCGGUUGCAGACGGCCCGCGUGGUUUCCGAGCCGUAAGUAUGAAGGAGUUACCCGCCUCCUUGAUGUGGAACGGCCUUCCUACUGAUUUGAUGACGGCUAAAAAAAUAGGUUUGGGAUUCGAUGAUGAAACGAGGCAAUUGUCACCGUCGAGGAUCCGUCUGCCCCAUGGCAACUCAACACCUGAAGAAGAGCAACCAAUCACCAUGAAAGGAUCACCUUCCGACUACUUGUCGGCAAUCUAAAAAAUAAAAAAUAAAGAAACAAAUGGAUAACGCAAGAAACAAAAAAAAAAAGUUCCUCACCGAACAUGAUAAGAGUUGUUGCAUUUUGUUUGUUAAUUUUAUGAUGGACAAAUCCAACCCCCCUUAUUCUAGUCUUUCGUUCUCCGUGUAAAGACCGAUCCAGAUCAAGAGCCUCCCUAAUUAUCCGUCUCUUGUUCCUUGAACCUUGAAACAAAAAGGCUUUUGACUUAAUUUAUAACCGAGGUGCUCAAAAAACAAAACAUCACAAUUGAAAACAAUUAUCGCUCGCGCCUACUGCAAUUAAGUUUCUCUUUCUUUUUUCUUUUCAAUGUGUAAUGUUAGUUAUGUCUCCAUCUCUCUGAGUGUGCUUUUUUUUUAAGGGUAACCCUCUUUGUUUAAUUUCCCCCUCCCUAUGCCUGUAUGUUGUUGAAUAGGUGUACAUUUUGUCUGGCUUAAGAGAACGUAUUGUAUUGAUUCUGGGUCAUAUCGUCAUGUGUGUCGACAAGACGCGAGACAGUUUAUGUCAUAUUGUCUCUGCAUAUUCUUCCACAUUGGAUAUCAUUGAAUAGAAUCGAUGUUGAUUAUA